AUGAAACCGCAGCAGCUCGCUUGGGUUUUAUUGAUGCCUCUUCUAUCGAUACUCGUGGCCAGCCAUGUAGCUCCGGUCUCCGGCCAAUGCCCGGGAGACCAGCAAUCUCUUCUACUCCAAUUAAAGCAGAGCCUCAAUUUCAGCCGAUCAUUCUCUGGGAAUCUGGCGGGCUGGAAUUCGAGCAUCGAUUGCUGCAACUGGCUUGGUAUAACUUGUGAUCUAGUGGGUGGCCUUGUUCGUGUUGUUGGCCUCAACUUGAGCAAUGAAUCCAUCACCGGCGGACUUGACAACUCCAUCGCUCUAUUCAGUCUUCAGCAUCUUCAGGUCCUGGAUUUGUCUUUCAACAGCUUCAACACAACGAUUCCAACUGCGGUGUCCAACCUCACCAAUUUGAGACAUCUCAAUCUGUCUAGUGCUGGGUUUUACGGGCAAAUUCCAUCCGCCGUCUCUCAAAUGAGUAGCUUGGUCAGCCUCGAUCUCUCGACGCUUUCUUUCCUGGGCCUUCCGUCCCUGAAACUUGAGAACCCCAAUCUCGCUGGACUUGUUCAGAAUCUCAAGCGACUAACUGAUCUCCGUCUCGAUGGCCCUAUUGAUUUCUCGCUCUCCGACCUUGAGUCUCUCUCGGUAGUUCGUCUGGACAACAACAACUUCUCCGAUCCAUUUCCUGAUUUCUUUGCAGAUUUCAGAAACUUGACUAUCUUGCGUCUAACCUCUUGCGGGCUGGUAGGAAAGUUUCCCGCAAAGAUACUCCAAAUUCCAAGCCUAGAGAUUCUUGAUCUGUCGAAUAACAAAUUGCUUGAAGGGGAGAUUCCAGAUUUUCCUCAGAAUCACUACUCUAUGCAGACUCUGUUGCUCACCGACACCAACUUCUCAGGCAAGCUGCCUUCAUCCUUGGGAAAUCUUGGCAACUUGUCAAGGAUAGAGCUUUCUCGAUGCAAUUUCAGUGGAACAAUUCCCAGGUCAUUGGAAAAUCUGGCUCAACUGAAUUACUUGGAUUUUUCGUCCAACAAUCUCAUAGGUCCAAUUCCAUCAGCUCAAUGGGGAAGCUUUCAGAAACUUGAGUAUGUUGACCUCAGGCACAAUUCUUUCAACGGAAGCAUUCCUCCAUCUUUGUUCUCCAUUCCAACCCUGCAAAAGAUUCAACUCUCCUUCAACCAACUUAAGGGACCGGCUCCAGAGUUUUCAAAUGCUUCUUCUUCGAUUCUGGAUACUUUAGAUUUGAGCAGCAACCAUUUGGAAGGUCCCGUCCCUCGCUCCAUCUUUGAAGUCCAAACACUGAAAGUCCUUGUACUUUCAUCCAAUAGAUUCAAUGGAACCGUACAGCUGAACUGGAUUCAGGCGCUCCAGAAUCUCACCACUCUUGAUCUUUCAUACAACAACUUGACCGUGGAUGCAAGUGGCAACAACAACUCUACCUUGUCAUCCAUUUAUCCUCAGUUCGGCAUAUUGAACCUGGCAUCGAGCAAUUUGAGCCAAUUUCCCGAGCUGGGAAACCAAUCAAGGCUAACCAGGCUAGACCUCUCAGGAAACAAUAUCAAUGGGGUAGUACCUCGCUGGAUUCUGGAAACGACUACAAUAUACCAUCUCAAUCUCUCACACAACAACCUAGUGGAUUUCCAGGUACCGAUUUCUCUUCCCAAUCUUGGUGUCUUGGACAUGCAUCAUAACAAGCUCGAAGGGGAGAUUCCAAUCAUUCAAUCAUCGUUUUCGAUGAUCUACGUGGACUACUCCAACAAUUUUUUCAAUUCCUCAAUUCCAGUUGACAUCAGCAAUUACCUUCCUUAUGCACUCUUCUUCUCACUUUCCAACAAUCGCCUUAGCGGAGCUAUCCCUGCAAGUAUUUGCAAUGCUUCGUAUCUCCAAGUCCUUGAUCUGUCGAACAACACCUUGACCGGUACAAUUCCAAGCUGUUUAAUGGAGAACAUUGGGACGCUUGCUGUCUUAAACCUGAGGGGCAAUAAGGUUCACGGAAGCAUACCUGACACAUUCCAAGCUUCAUGUUCAUUGCAGACUCUUGAUCUCAGUUUGAACCAGCUAAAUGGGAGGGUUCCAAAGUCCUUGAGUAACUGCACAGCAUUAGAAGUGUUAGACCUUGGCAACAACAUGAUUGAUGAUGUCUUCCCUUGUCUUCUGAAGAACAAUUCCAGUUUGCGUGUCCUUAUCCUGAGGAACAACCUCUUUCAUGGAAGCACUGGAUGCCCACAUCUUCCUGGUACUUGGCAAAAGCUUCAGAUUGUCGACCUAGCCUUCAACAAUUUUUCUGGUCCCCUAAAUGGUCAGUGCUUAGCGACAUGGCAAGCCAUGAUGGUUGGAGAUGGAAAUGAAACGCACAAUCACCUCAAAUACGAGCCUUUCAAGUUGACUCAAUUGUAUUAUCAAGAUUCCAUAACAGUUACCAGCAAGGGCCUUGAAAUGGAACUGGUGAAGGUCCUAACAGUAUUCACUUCAGUUGAUUUCUCAAGCAACAAUUUUGAUGGGCCAAUACCUGCAGCCGUGGGUCAAUUGAAUGCACUUUACAUCCUCAAUUUUUCCCACAACGGUUUCACUGGUCAGAUUCCAGCAGUAUUCGGCAACAUCUCACAGCUGGAGUCACUGGAUCUCUCGGAUAACAAGCUCAGUGGCGAAAUCCCGCAGGAACUCACAGAGCUGACAUUCCUUUCGUUCGUGAACCUGUCAAAUAAUAAUCUCCUCGGAAAAAUCCCUACAGGCAGGCAGUUCCUAACAUUUGACAACACUUCAUACCAAGGUAAUCCAGGUUUAUGCGGCAGUCCUUUGAUGAAAUCCUGCUCAGAUAGCAACACCCCGCCUCCUUCAGGGAGAAAGCAGGGAUCAGGGCAACAAAGCCUCGAUUGGGAGUUCAUAAUACCUGGAAUAGGGUUUGGAGCUGCUGCAGCAACUGUGAUGGCACCAUUGAUUUUUAGCAAGAAAGCAACUAGGUGGUGCGACGACCACAUCGACAGAAUUCUCAUGGUGCUUCUUCCUCUUUGCGGCUUCAGAUACUACACGAGCAAUGACUGGAGAAGGGUUCAGCCGGAAGACAUGACCGAGGAGUACAACACAGACCUCGAUGACGACGACGAGGAAGAAGAAGAAAGCUACGAUGAGUUUGGAGGCAGGUAUUGCGUUUACUGCACUAAGCUUGAUAUGACGAGAAAAAUGGCGAUCCACGAUCCAAAGUGUUCGUGCCAUCAUCUCUCACGGCCAGUAUCUACAUUUUCUUCUCCCUUCUCAUCAACGACGACUCUGUAG